GCGAUAAAAAAUAAAUAGGCAACUAAAGAAAAUUGGGCUAAAAAUAGACUCGCACAGCAGCAGAUCGGAGGUAUCGUAGCCGUUAAAGUGAUCAACGCGACGUCGUUGUCUGAUAAGUCCGCGUUUUCAAAAAAUCCGUCGAUUCUGAAUUCACCACCCCCUCGUACCGAUUUCCACAAGAUCGCAGGCGCAGAAGUCUUCCUAUUUUUGCCGAACGAUGAGAUGAAAAAUCAGAAGAAUUCCUGCAUUUUUCGCGUAAUAAAUCGCCGGUUUUAAAUGGGACUUCACCGUCGCCUGAAUCUCCUUUCGAAUCUUCUGAUUUUCGCAUCUUUCGUUCUGUUUGCUAAUCAUUUUACCUUGACUUAUGGAAAAUCUAAUGGCACUCUGCAUCUUGAUGUUACCCCCAUUAAUCACGAUCUUUACCAUACCAGUGGAGCUUUACUAGAGGAAAUUGAAUCAUUGGUUCACCGUCACCCAGAUAAACUCUCAAUUGAGAAAGUUUCGAGCAAGAAUAAGGGCUAUGAGGCACAGAUGACUGUGGUUACUUAUCGCCAGAAAUGGAAAGAGAGUGAUGACAGGACAAAGCUAAGGAUUCUGCUUACUUUUGGACAGCAUGCGAGGGAGCUAAUUACAACUGAACUAGCAUUGCGGCUCCUUUCCAUUCUAAGUGAAGAGCAGUUUUUACCCAAUGUGGACCGCUCUACUUUAAAUAGGACACUUGAUAGGCUAAUCAUAAAGGUGGUACCAGUUGAAAAUUUGAAUGGCCGCAAACGUGUCGAAGAUGGAGAGCUUUGUGAGCGAAGAAAUGGAAGAGGAGUUGAUCUCAACCGGAAUUGGAGUGUAGAUUGGGGCAAAAAGGAGAAGGAUUAUGACCCAUACGAAGAAAAUCCUGGGCCUGCUCCUUUCAGUGAGCCUGAGAGUCAAAUUAUGAGAAAAUUGUCUGUAUCAUUUGAACCACACAUUUGGGUUAAUGUGCACUCAGGGAUGGAGGCUUUGUUUAUGCCGUAUGAUCACAAAAAUACAACUCCAGAUGGAAUACCCUACCAGAUAAUGAAAUCAAUGCUUGAUGACUUGAACCAUUUUUACCUCAGAGAUCAUUGCUUAGUUGGAUCUGGUGGAGCCUCAGUCGGGUAUCUGGCCCAUGGGACGGCAACAGAUUAUAUGUAUGACAUUGCAAGGGUGCCCAUGGCUUUUACUUUUGAGAUUUAUGGAGAUCUCAAAGCAUCGUCAAAAGACUGUUUUAGAAUGUUCAAUCCAAUAGAUAUCACCUCCUUCAACAGAGUCCUCAAUGACUGGUCAGCUGCAUUCUUCCAGAUGUUCAGCAUAGGCGUGCAGCAAAUGGAUGGAGUUCAGUCAAAGGCAAUUGCAUCCAGGUUUGACAAUUGGGUAUCAAUAGAUGACUAUCUUAAUGGGUAUCUAAUGCACAGGAAAAGUAGAUACGCAAAGAAGAUGGAGGUCCUUGACCUCGGACUGCAGGAAAUCAGAGCGUAUUUCAGAUUGUUCUUGUUGUCCUCUGUGCUUCUGUUGUUCAUGUUUUGCUCUAGAAUUUCCAAGAGCACCAGGCCUAUAGUUUCUGGCAUGUCUCUCUGAUCACAUCGCUAUAGUUUGCUUCAACAAAUUUAGGUUUUCUUAUAUUUUUUCUACUGGGGGAGGAGUGAUUUUUCGUGUGCACAUGUAUAUUAUUUCUAAUGAUACAGUUCGUUGAAGGUGUUAACGAGUCAUAUUUUUCUGUACAUAUGAUCUUCAAAGAGCUUCUUGUAACAGGAGAGUCUACCACAUAACUGAUUUAUGAUCAG